AGACUUAGGCUGGGGCUAUUAUGCCACAUCCAUACAGUGUUACAGAAAAUACGUAACUCUAUUUACUCUCAUAUUGCAAAAACUAAUAAAUUGUAAUCUCUGUUUUUCAGACUGUUAGAUGCAAAAUUAUGGAUUUUUUUCAAAAUUUUAGAAAUAUAUAUAUAUAAUAUGGCAUCAGCUAGUGAAAUCCAGGUUCCAAUAUUGGAUGAGGAAUUAAUACUUUCUGUAAUUAAAGACAUUACAAAUGAGCAAUUUACCGCAAAUGAUUUGAAAACUCCAACUUAUAACAAGUUGUAUCCUGUUUACAGUGGAUUUAUAUGCCAUCUAUUAAACGUGUCAAAUGAACAAAUUUCCCAGGUACCUCUACAUGUUAUGGAAACUGUUGCCCAUCCAGAACUGUGUAUUGAAGAAGCCACUGGACAAUUACUGUUUAUAAAAGCUUUGGAAUAUCUAUUCAAUGCAUGCUGUAUAAACAAUUUUUCUAUGAGUGAUUUGAUUGCACCCACUAAAAAAAGAACUAGAAGGCUGCUCAGUGCAAUUGUCAACUUUGCGCAAUUUCACUUGCAAUAUGAAAGUGUGAAAACUGAAGUGUCAAACAAGUUGGAAACUUUGAUAAAAGAUCAAGAAAUAUAUGCUAAAAGAAGAGAUCAUUUAAAAGAAAAAAUUGCUCUACUCAAAGCUCAAAAGAUUGAGAAACAGAAAGCUGUCCAAGAGAUGAACUUGAGUGCACUGAAAGCUAAACAGCAGGAGACAGAUGCCCUGAAAGAGCAAACACAAAGAAGUAAUCUCGCAGUAAAAAGUGAAGUGGAAGAAUUACAAAAUGUUUUGACUGUGGCCAAAGCCUCGAAGUUAAUUCGUCAAGGCAAAGAGGCUGUAGAAGAGCAUCUUAACCGUGGUCACACGCUGGCUGUAAAAGAGAAGAUAUAUAAUGGCUUUGGUGAGGUUGCACCUUCGGCUUUGAAACUAAUCACCAACAUAAACGAAGAUACAAACGCUUGCAUGGUUGCCACAAGCGAGAUUGAAAAAAUUCGAGAUCGAACAGUUGAACAAUCGAUUAAGUUGAAGAACUUAUCAGCUGACAAACAAAAUCUUCAACGUUUAAUUCAAAGUCAUACAGAGAAACGAGAUCGUUUUACUUCUAAAUACAACAAGAAAAUGGAGAUCUGUAAUGAAACUCAAAAGAAACUAAAUGAAAAAGAAGCUAAAGUACUCUCUGAUGUAAUGGAGAAAAAUGAAAAGUUGAAUCAAAUUCGAAUGGAAAUGAAGAAUUUAACAGAACAGGAAUUACUUGAGCAGAAAGAGCACAAAAGUAUCAUGAAGAUGAUGAAGGACAAACAAAUUACAUUGCAGAAAAAGAUUGCUGUUUACCAUGACAGUAUAGCAACAGAAUGUGGUGAAGUCUCGUACAAACUGGACCAAUUAACAGUGUGCGAUACAGCCACAGUAUCGUCAUGAAUUAUCCCUCAACCAAUCGUAUGUGAAUGAAAGGCGUGUUUGACCAAUCAUCGUGCAACUAAGACAAAGCGUGAACCCAUCAUUAUCCAAGAAAGAAAUAUGUAUACAGCAGCUAUUACAAAUGUGUUGAGACAAUGUGAUGAGCAAAAGAACUUGUCUUUAAUCAGAAUAUGUAUGUAUAUAUAAAUAAUUCUUUCUUAGUAAUGUUGAUAACUAAAUACAGUGAAAUAGUUUUUUUCCGUUGAAAAAAAAACUUUAGAGUCUGCUUUCCAGUUUUGUUAGUUUAGAUUUUUAAAUAUUCCAAAGCAUUUAAGUAUUCAGGCAAAAUACCAAAUGCGUGUUUUUUACUAACAUCUGGCUUUACAGUUGUAGGCACAAUUAAAAGUUAUUUUCACUGCAUAUUUAUAUGUAUAUUUUAUGUUCUAUUCAUGAUUAUUUAUGUUACAACUUUUGUUACAUAUUAUAUAUUCUAUUCAUGAUUAUUUGUGUAAUACAACUUUUGUUGCAAAAAGAUCAACCUCGCGCUUAGAGGAGUAAUGUAGUUUUUUUUAUUGCUAUGUAUCAAAAUGGCAUAAAAUCAUUACCUAUAAAACUACCGUAAUGAUCUGAUUAAGCGCCCAGCAUUUUUUAAGCGCCUCCCUCGAUUAAGCGCCCAGGUAAUUUCCUCAAUGUUCAAUAAGCGCCCAGCACUUAUUAAGCGCCCCCUCGAAUAAGCGCCCACCCGAUAAAAGGGGGCGCUUAAUCGAAGACUACCCUGAGAAACUGAGCGCUUAUUUGAAAAUUUUACUUUCUUAUAUUGAGAACCCUAGAAAGCCUAAGUUUAUUUUUUUACAUCAUUUGUUCAGUUUUAUUUUUCAGGAAAAAACAAAAUUGAAAAUUACCGUUUGUACAAAAUUAGGAAAAAUUUAUAAGCGCCCAGCAUUUUUAAGCGCCCUCCUCGAUUAAACGCCCAUGCAAAAAUUCCAAAAAUCUAAUAAGCGCCCAGGUCGUUUGUUCGGAUCAUUACGGUAUUUGAAUAUAUUAAUACAUAUAAUAUAUAUAUAUAUAUAUAUAGUGCUGUUUAAGCAUAUGCUGCGAUAUAUAUUGUGAUAUAUGUUGCGUUUGAGAGGUUUUUGGAUACAGCUUGUAAAACUAAGCAGGUUGUUUUUUUGAAAAAGAUGUAUUAAAUAAAGACAGUUAUUGGAGGGAUAUGCACCAAUAGUUGGCAACCUUGAUUCCAACGUCAAUGCAGAAGAUACUGGGCUCGAGGUUGUAAGUGUACAUGGAGCACUCCCAUAGUUACUCUAAUACUUUCAAAGUUACUAUUUGCACACUUCUGCUAUUCCGUUCAGACAACGGUCUAAUAAUAUCACACAUACAGAAACCGGUUUUUUUAAAUGGAAAGUUAAUUGUUAAAAGAAAUAUGUUUUUCACAUGCAGAUAUUAAAUUUACUCUACUCAAUAAUUAUUUGUUAAUUGUAUUUUGUUUCUUCUAUUUAUUGUAGAUUUAGUA